GGGUCUCUGUAUCUCUUUCUCUGCCUCCAUCUGCAUCUGUCUCCUUUUGUAUUUUUUCCCUGUCAUCCUGGGGGGUCUCCCUCUCUCUGUAUCUCUCUCUCUUCUCGGUGUGUAUUUGUUUCUGUAUCUCCUUCAUUCAAUGUAUGUAAGUCUCUCUGUCUCUCUCUCUCCUGCCGCCACCACCUCCCCCAGCAGCCCCCCAACCGCCCCAGCCUGCCCUCUCAUCUCUACCCUGCAUCUCCCUCCACCACGGCUCUCCGUAUCCAUCUCAGGCUCCCCUUCCCUUCCCAAGCCUCCACUGUUCCCUGACCUCACCUCUGCUCUCUCUUCUCUGCCUUCCCGGCUCCUCCAGCCUCUCUCUCUCCCUCUCCAAGUCUCUGCCUCCCCCUCCUGGUCAGCCGCCCACAUCGCGCGCCAGUCUCCCAGGGGAUCCCGCCGCCGGGUUAAGGGAGCCCCUGGCGGAGGCCCGAGUGAUGCAUUGGGCGGGGGGCUGCAGGCACUGAUGCAGGCUCCAACCUGGGUCCUCGCGAGCUGGGAGACGCCGGAUCCUCCGGGGCCAGCGGCCCUGAGAGGGAAGAUAUCCGAGGACUCUUCCAGCUCCACCUUAAGCGCCCCCCUUCCCCCUUCUGCGGAGGAUGGAAACUGCCAGCUCUUGGGCCCCAGGUGUCCGGGCCACCCCCGCCCCCAUGGCCCCAGCGCGGCUGGGAGCUGGGGACCAUCCCCCCAACGACCCCUCCAUCCUGCCCCUGGGGCAUCCCACACGCACACCCACGCCAGCCCAAGGAGGAGGGUUUUCUGCUGUGAGAGCUCCCCUCACCCCCAAACAACGAUAGAAAAAUUAAAUAACAGCAAGAGAGAAAAGAGAGGGAGGGGGAGGAGAGAGGAAGGGAGGAGAGAGAAGAGAGAGACGGAGAAACCGAGGAGGCAGGAGAGGAGGAGGUGGGGAGAGGGAGAGGAGCUGGAGGCCGAGCGGGAGCGAGGGAGGAGGAGGAGAAGGGGAGAGAAGCGGGAUGGAGCUCACAUCGGACCCGCACCUGACCCCGAGGACUGGUGGAGCUACAAGGAUAAUCUCCAGGGAAACUUCGUGCCAGGGCCUCCCUUCUGGGGCCUGGUGAACGCAGCCUGGAGUCUGUGUGCUGUGGGGAAGCGACAGAGCCCCGUGGAUGUGGAGCUGAAGAGGGUCCUUUAUGACCCCUUUCUGCCCCCGCUGAGACUCAGCACAGGGGGAGAGAAGCUCCGGGGAACCCUGUACAACACCGGUCGCCAUGUCUCCUUCCUGCCUGCACCCCGGCCUGUGGUCAAUGUGUCUGGGGGGCCCCUCCUUUAUAGCCACCGACUCAGUGAACUGCGGCUGCUAUUUGGAGCGCGUGAUGGAGCUGGCUCUGAACACCAGAUCAACCACCAGGGUUUCUCUGCUGAGGUGCAGCUCAUCCACUUCAACCAAGAACUCUACGGGAACCUCAGCGCCGCCUCCCGGGGCCCCAAUGGCCUGGCCAUUCUCAGCCUCUUUGUCAAUGUGGCUGGUAGCUCAAACCCAUUCCUUAGCCGCCUCCUUAACCGGGACACCAUCACCCGCAUCUCCUACAAGAAUGAUGCCUACUUUCUUCAAGACCUGAGCCUGGAGCUCCUGUUCCCCGAAUCCUUUGGCUUCAUCACCUAUCAAGGCUCUCUCAGCACCCCACCCUGCUCGGAGACUGUUACCUGGAUCCUCAUUGACAGGGCCCUAAAUAUCACCUCCCUCCAGUUUCCCACCCCGCUUCCACGGCAGAUGCACUCCCUGAGACUCCUGAGCCAGAAUCCUCCGUCCCAGAUCUUCCAGAGCCUCAGCGGUAACGGCCGGCCCCUGCAGCCCUUGGCCCACAGGGCCUUGAGGGGCAACAGGGACCCCCGGCACCCCGAGAGGCGCUGCCGAGGCCCCAACUACCGUCUGCAUGUGGAUGGUACCCCCCAUGGUCGCUGAGACUCCCCAUCGAGGAUUGCGCCUGCCUUUCCCAAGCCUCCCCACAAGGGGGGGAGUCACCCCCAAAACAAAGCUAUUAAAGGGACAGAAUACUUCCUGUA